UCCCACACGUAAGAGGCGACAGCGUUCGGAGCGCGCGUGCACGUGACGCCUCACGCGCCAUAAAUAGGCUUUUUCCGCUCGUCUUUGGAAAGUUGCUGAAGUGGACGCGGCUGAGCGCGAGGAGCUGCCCGAGUCGCUCGCGCAAACAACGAGGAUCUGUCCGAGGUGCUGAAACUGACACGGCGCGAGACAGAGCGCUGCCCAGUGCUGAAUCUCGCACGCGCUGCUUCAGCUCUGUACUGUUCGCGAGCACAAUCCGCGGUUAAUCCGCUCUCUCUCUCUCACCCCUGGACCGUUCCGGUUUAAGAGCGAAUACGCGACGCUUCACAUCAUCUUCGCGACGUUUUGCAUUUUUCUGGAGGACAUUACACGACGAGAAUCACAGGAUGCGCUUCGGUACAGCGGUCAUGCCCGUGAGAAGUGCAGACCGGUCCCACGCGCUCGUUCUCGCGCUCAUCGUUACUGCUUCUCUGUCGAGCUCGCGAGGCCAAGAUGAUGGCAUUGAACCAACUGAUGGAGGUGAGUCAAAUUUGGAACGAGAGCUCGACCCCAUUGCCAGCAAACAUGACACCACGAGGCCGCUACACAAGACGGCAACAGCGUUUCCACCGAGCCACCCAUCCAACCUGAAAGGCCUUCUGCUCCAUGAGACUCUGCUCACUAAGAACUUUGAAGGAGACCAGCAGUUCUUUAGAGAUGGUCAUCAUAUGGAGUCACAUCCAACCUCCCCAAGACCCCAAGAACCGGGAGAUCCACUUGGAUCGUCUCAUGUGGUUCCACAUGAAGAUGCACCAGCUUUCUCAGACAUCGCUACUACGGUCAUGACAACGGUCAGUCCUACCAGUCCUGGGAAGCUGAUCUCCGUUGGCAGAAAUGGGUCCAGCAAGAGAAGGUUCGAAGGAAAGCUGGAGGACUUGGGAGGUAAAGAGGUUAUGGCUACCAGUCCAUCAAGAAUUGGACAACAAAGAGCUUUACCAAAGGCUCAACAGCCUUCUAGGGUGGGUUCGACAAAAAAAGAAGUUAGGAAGUGGAUUGUGGGAAACCCCACAGAGAUGGAUGGAGAUACAACCAUAACAAGCAUCAUCCACACCACAACAGUAAUCAGCACUAUGAGAGAACAAGGUCAGUGCAGCAUGAACUUGACAGACGCCGAGGGCUACGUUGAGAUGCCGCCAAGCUCUGAUUCAUUCGACACCGCUAUGGAUUGCACGUUCUAUGUGAGCGUCUAUCUCGGAUACGGGGUUGAGAUUCAGGUGCUGAACGUGACGCUGGAGGAAGGUGAGAACGUGGUGCUGGAAGACCUAGGUGGCCGUGAGCCCUCCAUCCUGGCCAACAAGUCAGGGCUGAUGAGAGGGCUAGUGGUAAAAAGCUCCAGCAAUCAGAUCUCCAUCUGCUUCACCAGCCGGAAGCAGCCAAGACCGGGUUCACUGCUGCUGCGCUACAGAGCCUUUGUUUUGAGCUGUGCUUUCCCACAAGCGCUGGCUAAUGGUGAGGUGACUGUGAGCAGCCUCCACGUAGGAGGAGAGGCCUAUUUUUUCUGCCUAACUGGAUACCAGCUCCACGGCGUGUCGUCUCUGACGUGCCGCAAUGCCACCAUGCCGUACUGGAGCGGCAAAGAGCCCAAAUGUGUAGCCUCUUGUGGAGGGAUGCUUAAAAAUGCCACUCUGGGCCGUAUCGUCUCUCCGGGGUUUCCGGGAAACUACAGCAACAACCUGACAUGUCACUGGGUUCUGGAGUCCCCCAAGGGCCACAGGCUGCACGUGCACUUUGAGAAAGUUGCUCUGGCUGAGGAUGAUGACAGGCUGCUGAUCAAGAACGGGAACAACAUCGACUCUCCUCCUGUGUAUGACUCGUACGAGGUGGAAUAUCUUCCCAACGAGGGGGUAAUGAGCACGGGGAGGCAUCUGUUUAUCGAGUUCACCACAGACGAGAGCGGCACCUGCACUGGUGCUGCCAUACGAUACGAAGCUUUUGCCGAAGGCACGUGCUACAAGCCCUUUGUGAAAUACGGCAACUUCUCGAGCAGCGAUGCGUCGUUCGGCGUGGGUACGGUGGUGGAGUUCUCCUGUGAGCCGGGCUACACACUGGAGCAGGGCUCCGUCACCAUCGAGUGUGUGGACCCCGAGAACCCACAGUGGAAUGAGACGGAGCCGGCCUGCCGCGCUGUGUGCAGCGGGGAGAUCACAGAUUCAGCAGGAGUGGUGCUCUCACCGAACUGGCCUGAAGCCUAUGACAAAGGACAGGACUGUAUCUGGGGCAUCCAUGUGGAGGAGGACAAGCGAAUCCUUCUGGACGUCCAAGUCCUUCAUCUUGGAAAGAACGACAUACUGACGUUUUACGAUGGCGAUGACCUCACGGCCAACAUCCUGGGCCAGUACAGUGGCACGCUGCCCAGAUUCAAGCUCUACACCUCCACGGCGGACGUCACCAUCCAGUUCCAGUCCGAUCCGGCCACCAACAUCUACGGUUACAACAACGGCUUUGUGGUGCAUUUCUUCGAGGUUGCCCGCAAUGACACGUGUUCAGAAUUACCGGAGAUCACGAACGGCUGGAAGAGCACGUCCCAUCCGGACCUGAUCCACGGAACGGUGGUGACCUACCAGUGCUACCCGGGCUUCCAGGUGGUCGGAUCCGAGAUCCUCAUGUGCCAGUGGGAUCUUUCGUGGAGCGGAGACGUACCCAGCUGUGAGAAAGUGAUGUUGUGUCAGGACCCAGGCUCUGUAGAACACGGACGCAGGCUGAUGACGGGUUCACGCUUCACUGUGGGCUCCACCGUGCACUACAUGUGUAAUAAAGGCUACACGCUCUCAGGCCCGAGCCUGCUCACCUGCUACAGCCGUGACACGGCCGAGCCCAAGUGGAGCGAGAAGAUCCCCAAGUGUGUCCCUGAAAAUUACGAACCUUGUGCUAACCCCGGAGCUCCUUCCACUGCCAUCCAGAGCUCAGAGAAAGCCUUCUUCCAGGCUGGAGAGACGCUGAGCUUCAUCUGUCGCCCAGGAUACGAACUGCACGGCGAAGUCACCAUCCGCUGCCUCCCGGGGCAUCCUUCCGAGUGGAGUGGAGCGCCGCCUGCAUGCCGGGCCUCCACAAGAGAUGUUAAUGAGCGCAGACUGGACGUUCUCAGCACUGAUUUUAGUACCGAGGGCACAGACACUGCCAUCGCAGUCAUGCUUCCUGCUGCAGUGGUGCUGCUGGUCAUCCUGGGCAUUUUCCUUUACUUCUCCAAAGUCCAGGGAAAAACCACGCACCUUUCCAACUCCUCCUCACUUCCCUACGACAACAUGACAGAGGAAUCGGCGUUCGACAACCCCGUCUUUGAGACCGGAGUAAGUAUGGACACCGUGAACCUGAGAGACGUGGACUCCCUGAACACCGUGGUCCUGUCCUGAUCGCUCGGCUCCAUCCGUCUCAUCUCAUCACCGUAAGACGGCAGCAUUCGCGCCGUCCGUUUCCGUUUUCACCUCAGAUCACUGACUCUGACUUCCUGACUCUGAAAACUGGUAUUAAACCAUGUGCUCCUGUCUUAGCUAGAGAUACAGACUCAGGAGUACAGUAGCUUUCGAAAAACCCGUGUCCACCAUCAUCCGGUGGUAGAAAGCACAGGUUGUACCAAGGGCGUAUAACCAACUUAAGCUCACCCAUCCAUCCAAACACUCAUACAUGUAUUACAAUCUAGUACUGUUAACUUCACAUUAAGGAACUUCAUGGUUUGUUCAUGUUAGAUAAUGUGUUGAAUAACUGUAUCAGUCCAGCGCUAUACCACUGGACCAUACGGUAGCUUUAUGUAGGUGAAAUGUGUAGAGUUCACGUUCUGGGCCAGUUAUAUGGAACAUGGAAAACUGUGUGUAAAAGAUUAGUGUGGCGUAAUAAAGACCUUGUAUUCGUUUCAAGCUCAGAAGCAAAUACGCUACGGUGUGUGAUGUAGCACCAUGUGUCCAGCGAAAACCUUUAUAAUUGGAAUCGACGCUGUGGAUGUGUAACGAAACUGAAAUUAUGUAGUAGCAUGAGAAGAAUAAAGGGGUUUCGUAUGACACUGACUCGUCUACAUAGUGUACAGCGCGUUUGUUUGCUCUUCAACCUCAUUCAUUUCAUUCCCUGCAUCCUGACUGAAUGAGUUACUUUGAGUUACUUUAUUUACUUCCAUUUGUUUAUCAUUUCUUGUGGUUUUGCAUACAUGUGGAUUUGUGAUUACUGGAAUGAUGUGAGUCCCGACAGAAGUCAGACAGAAGAGGCGGAAGCAGAAACACUCAGGUUUGCUGUUAUAGAAAAUAAUCAAUAUAGCUCUGGGUGUUGGGAUGCUGCACCAAGUGUUUUAUUCCUUUUAUACCACAGCCAUUUACCAAAGAUUUAGUUAUUUUCUAUUUAUUUCUGAACAUCAUGUACAAAAUAUUGUAUCUGUUAACAGUUACAAUUGAACUUGUAUAACAAAUGCACAAGAAGUCACGUCACUUUGCUUACGUUAUAUUGGCUGUAAGAUGAAAGCCUCUAUCCUGAAGAUAUUCCUGUGUCUUCUCACAGAAAUCAUCAACAUUACACUGGUUUUAAUCAGCCUGUGUGAGGAGUUACAAUAAAAACAAUAUCAAAUUA